GAGGAGUAACCGGGCGUCGCUGGGAAGGAGGAAGACGUGGGCUGUGGAGGAGGGUGAUAACCUAGAGAGAAAUCUUUACAGUUCUGUCGCGAUUCUUUGCGCUUUAACAGCGGUGCAUUCCGGUUUAUAUACGUAAUCAAACUUUGGCAAAUUAACAACGUCAGAAUUCUAAAUUAUGCAAACUGUUUGCUGACUCACUAUUCAUCAGCUGCCUGAACUACUAGUGUGUCGUAUCAGCUCAGCCUCUCUCUGUGUGCGAGUUCGACCGUAGUCGUCACUCGUAUUUCGUGUGUGCAGAAACUCGUAGCGAAGUUUCGACGGGUCGAAGAAGUCGCGUGCCACGUGUCGCUGGUGGGUAGCUUAACAGAUAAAAGAAAGUAAAUCGCUGCCUCCUGGCUCUGUGAGCGGAACGAGUUGGUUGGGAGCGAGUGGCGCUGCUCGGCUGGGCGUUGUUCGCUUCGGAAGCCGAACGGAGGGGCGCGAGCCGUGAGGCAGAGACUAGUCUAGUGAGUCCCGCUGCGCGCUCUCGGACAAGCCGACCUCUCUCUGUUGCCUGAUUCAAGCGCGCCUGUAAAAUCUUGCGGGGGGCCGUUUGGAAACGAGCCGAGAGAAAAUGGCUGGAGCUAACAGUGUGGAAGCGGUGAAACGGAAGAUUAAAGUUCUGCAGCAGCAGGCGGACGAUGCGGAGGAGAGAGCGAUCGCCCUGCAACGGCAGCUCGAGCAGGAGAAGCACCUGAGGGAGCAGGCUGAAGCAGAAGUGGCAUCUCUGAACAGGAGGAUCCAGCUGGUGGAGGAAGAGCUAGACCGGGCCCAGGAGAGACUGGCCACUGCUCUGCAGAAGCUGGAGGAGGCUGAGAAGGCUGCUGAUGAGAGUGAGAGAGGCAUGAAGGUGAUUGAGAACAGGGCACUGAAAGAUGAGGAGAAGAUGGAAAUGCAGGAGAUCCAGCUGAAGGAGGCCAAACACAUCGCAGAGGAGGCUGACCGAAAAUAUGAAGAGGUGGCUCGUAAGCUGGUCAUCAUCGAGGGAGACCUGGAGCGCACUGAAGAAAGAGCAGAACUGGCUGAAGCCAAAUGUGCAGAGUUGGAAGAGGAGCUGAAAAAUGUCACCAAUAACUUAAAGUCCCUGGAGGCCCAGGCUGAGAAGUACUCCCAGAAGGAGGACAAAUAUGAAGAGGAAAUCAAAAUUCUCUCUGACAAACUAAAGGAGGCUGAGACCCGUGCUGAAUUUGCCGAGAGAUCAGUGGCAAAGCUGGAGAAGACCAUCGAUGACCUGGAGGAGAGAUUGGCCGGUGCCAAGGAGGAGAACAUAAAGCUCCAUGCAACUCUGGACCAGACCCUGCAGGAGCUCAACAACUUUUGAAGCCCCAUGCCCUGCCAAUGUGUUUCACACCUCUUUCUCACACUUUUUGUAUUUUUCAUGAAGCUCCAUGUCCUAACUUGCUGUUGUGGCGUUUUCUCUCUCUCUCUCUCUCUCUCUCACACACACAGAGAGAGAGAGAGACCUCCCCUCCCCCAGAACUAAUCUAAUCCAAGUUUCUGCUGAUAUGCAGUCUUUAUUUUGUUACAUUUUGGCUUUAGCCAAGCAAUACUUGGUAUGAGAACAGACCAAAAUGCCUCUGGCUGUGUUUGCUUUGCAUGCAUUAACAUGUAUAUAGUACAUUACAGGGAAAGAAUGUGGAGUUGCUUAAUUUUGAAUGACCUGCUCAAAAUACUUUUCCAGUAUGUCCUCUCUUCCCCAAGUGUGGAAUAUUAGAGCUUUUCAUACCAUAGUAACAUGCUACACUUGGAAGUAAUGGCAAUGUUGGAGACCAUAGAGAUAGAUCACUCAUUAGUGGGCUGCUGUUCUAAGGAGGGAAGCGGUAGGAUUUGGCACACUGCAUCCUUUUCAUAUACAAUGUUCUUUCUUUUUGCAUUGACUUUAAGGACCAGUAUCAUCAAAAUGUACUAGCAAAGUCCCCCCACCUUUUGUAUUUCUUAUUUCCAUCUGACCUUAAAGAGAAUGGCAAAUGGUUAAUGAUUGUGUAUGCAUAGCGAACAGGAGCCUGACUGUGUUGAGAUGUUGGAAAAUUUGAGCCACUUGUAUUCAUUGCCGUUUUUGAAACGGGCUGCUUUCUGAUUUGUUACUCUUGAAUCUCAAGGUAACUGGAGGGGAAAAAAAAGUUGGUUUCAGGAGCAGCAAGAUGGAGUGAUCCAAGGAUGGAAAGGAAGGGAAGUUUUGAGUUUGGAAGUUAUACACAUGUCCUUGUAAUGCAUGAAAGGAAGGAACUGUAAAACAAAUUGGAAAAACUGUUUUUAAACUGGAACAUCACAUGGGAUAUUGGCAUUUGAUUGCCAAGGGUUUCUUUUGUAAUAAUGACAUGAGACUUCUAAAUGAUUUUUAAAAUAAACUUUUCUUGUUUGCAUUAGUUA